CCACAUCCUUGUCCGUCGUCGCAGCACCUUCACCAUGUCUCGCGUCGAGCUACUCAACGCCGGGGGUCUCCGCCUCGAUUCUCGGCGCGCACACGAGCUGCGUUCCCUCGUGCUCUCCCUCUCUCCCGCCUCCUCCACCACCUCACUGGAAAGCGCACCGGCGGGCUCUGCGCGUGUGCAGAUGGGCCUGGCAAGCGUCUACUGUGCCGUGUAUGGACCACGAGAGGCCAGGAAGGCACAGGGACAAGUGCAUGGAGAAGCAACGCUCGAGGUUGAGGUGGAGGUGGAGCCGUGGAGUGGAAGAGAGAGGAGGAGGCGAAUGAAGGGCGACCGACGACUGGUAGAGCUGGCCUCGUCGCUCAAAAGCACCUUUGAGCCCGUCAUUCAUCGGCAGCUCUUUCCGCGCUCCGAGAUUGUCGUGCAGGUGGUGGUGGAGGUGCAAGAUGGCGGCGUGCUUUCCUGCGCCAUCAAUGCCAUCACCCUGGCGCUCCUCGACGCCGGCGUGCCCAUGUCCGACUCCGUCCUCUCCUUGACGCUCGGACAGCAUCUCCGGCCUUCCUGCGUGCUUCUCGACCUCACAAGCGCCGAAGAAUCCGGCCUGCCCUUCCUCACGCUCGCGAUGCUGCCGCGCACGAAGAAGGUGACGCUGGCGCAGAGCGAGUCUCGAUUGGCGAGAGAGGACUUUCGGGAGAUGCUCAAGCUGGGAACAGAGGCGAUUGGCGUGCUGCAAGCGGAGGUGGAUCAGGUGUUGAAGGCGAGGACAAAGCGGCUGGUGCAGGCGAUGGGCACUGCGAAGAUGGCGCCUUUGCAGGACGAGAUGGAUGCGAUGCAAGAAUGAGAUUACUGAGGCAUCG